AUGUCUGAGCUAAAGAUUUCCAAGAUUGAUGUUUUUCAAGUAACCCUUCCGUACGCAGGAGGCCUUUAUCAUCUUUCUGGCGGACGCACAUACCCAAGCUUUGACGCCACGAUCGUUCGCAUUACAACCAACACCGGCCUCGAAGGCUGGGGUGAAAGCACACCAUUCGGCUCAACUUAUGUAGCUGCGCACGCACUCGGUGUCAGGGCCGGUAUUGCAGAGAUCGCCCCCAAACUCAUCGGCCUGGACCCGCGGAAGGUCGACCGAAUCAACGAUGCCAUGGACGAGGCCCUUGUCGGCCAUCUACACGCCAAAACACCCAUCGACGUUGCUUGUUGGGACAUUUUUGGCAAAUCCGUCGGCCUUCCCGUCUGUGAACUUCUUGGCGGCCGAACCGGCCCCGGGUUGCCGCUCAUUUCUUCCAUUGGUGUUUUGUCGCCGGAGGAAAUGCGAGCGGAUGUUGACAAGUAUAGAAAGAGGGGAUACGUCGGCCAUUCGAUCAAGAUCUCCGGCGACGACCCUGCCAUUGAUGCUGCGCGGAUCGCCGCAUCUCUUGCAGAUAGACAGCAGGGCGAGUUCUUCCUCGUUGAUGCCAACGGCGGUUUGACGGUUGAGAUGGCUCUCAGGAUGUUCAGACUCUUGCCAGACGGGCUUGACUUUGUUCUGGAGGCCCCGUGCGCCACUUCCCGGGAGUCUCGUUCUCUGCGCCAAAGAACCGACAUCCCCAUCAUUAUCGAUGAGCUUGCUACGGACGAGGCCUCAGUCGUUCAGCUCAUUGCAGACGACGCCGCGGAGGGAAUCAACUUCAAGAUAUCCAAGAAUGGCGGCCUGACAAGAGGUCGUCGCCAGCGAGACAUUUGUGUUGCUGCGGGUUAUACCAUGAGCAUCCAGGAUACGACCGGCUCGGACAUUUCGUUUGCUGCCAUUGUGCAUUUGGCGCAAACGGUGCCUGAGCGUAAUCUGCGGUGUAUUCUAGGUUCUACGGACAUGGUCACCGUCAAGACGGCAGAUGGAGAUUUCCAGGCUCGUGAUGGCCGUGUCACAGCACCGACUGCACCUGGCCUUGGGAUUACCCCUCGCUUGGAGGUUUUGGGCGAACCGGUCGCCACGUAUUCUUAG